AUGUCAGCUGCUACUAUGUCUAUGCGAAAUGACUCCGUGGGCAAAGCAGCUACACUUUGGGCAGGUGAAGGGCAAGCUUCAAAUUCCACCUCGUCAGUCGAAGAGAAUGUUGCCUAUCGGUUUGUUCUUGACCGCAAGGUCCAAACGAUAUCGAGCAACAGCAUUCCCAAGGACGGAUUGGUGUCAGGCCUCUUGUUUGUACCCAGUCUAGAGCCGCAUGAUCCUUGCUAUGACAUUACCGCUUCAUCCGUGCCGUUAAAUGUAACCCGUUAUAAAGAUGUGUCGGACUUCGGAUACUCCCUCGUUGGCCUUGCUCCAUGGGUAACCGCCGAGUGUUCGCUAUCAUUUCUCUCUGCCGCCCAAAAGGUCGGCACGCAUGCCAUGAUCUUUUUCCAACCAUCAGAUAACGACACUGGCAUACCACCUGACUCCAACGACUCUCGGUGGGCAAUCAAUGACGGGAAUAAAUGGAGAAUGGACAACAAUUACCCAGUGUAUGCCAUUCCAGGCCCAGCUGGAACCUCAUUGAUCAAUGAUCUCACGUGGUAUUCAAGCGAGACACCCGACGACAAGAAAGACAACUCAACCGACAAUUUUGCACUACAGACCAAGACGAACCGAUUGUUUGCUAGGAUUGAAACUGGUGAAGAAACCGCAACUUCGUCGACGAGCAUCUGGAGUUUCGUACUUGCAAUUGCAGGAACAGUUCUUAUACUCAGUAUCAUCCUAGUAAUUGUUUAUCGACUUGUCUUGCGUAAGAGACGGGCUCGACUCCAGAGACGUCUUGAUGCAGGCCAAGUCGACAUCGAGGCCUUGACAUUGAACCAAAUGACGGCUCCCCAAGAAGUGGUUACAAAAAUGCCACUUUAUACAUACUUGGAUAUCAAAUCUCCAACAGAAGCAACGCUUCCACAAGAUGGUACAUCAACGAAUCCAAUCGAGCAUGAUUCUGGCGACAAGACCUACUCGUUGUCAUCCAACGAAGACAACCAUGCGCAGAAUGAUGCUGGCAUCCGGAAACCCGAAGCAGCGAUGAUCAAACAUGAACAGAAUGAAUCUUGCAGAAGCAAGUACCGCCUAAGCCAUACUCAAACAACUUGUGCUAUUUGUCUCGACGAUUUUGUCGCUGGCUCAUCUACUGUCCGCGAGCUUCCCUGCGGACACAUAUUUGACUCAGCGUGUAUCGAUCCAUUCCUGAUCCAGAACUGUUGCCUUUGCCCUUUAUGCAAGAAGAGCGUUUUGCCAGCGGGAUCCGUCCCACACACAACCUCUGCCUCUGGACGUUUUCCUUCUCGAACUUUUUGCGACAACGACAACCGACGACCUCGUACAGCCGACAAGAUGGGUGCCCUCAAGUACGUGGAAGAAAUCCAGAAGAAGAAGCAGUCCGAUGUGAUUCGCUUCCUGCUGCGCGUCCGAUGCUGGGAGCUCCGCCAGCUGAACGCCAUCCACCGUGCCUCGCGCCCCUCGCGCCCCGAUAAGGCCCGUCGUCUCGGUUACAAGGCCAAGCAGGGUUACGUUAUCUACCGUGCCCGUGUCCGCCGCGGUGGCCGCAAGCGCCCUGUCUCCAAGGGUGCCACCUACGGCAAGCCCACCAACCACGGUGUUAACCAGCUCAAGUACCAGCGUGCUCUCAAGUCCACCGCUGAGGAGCGUGUUGGUCGCCGCGCUGCUAACUUGCGCGUCCUGAACUCCUACUGGAUCAACCAGGACUCUACCUACAAGUACUACGAGGUCAUCCUUGUCGACCCCCAGCACAAGGCCAUCCGUCGUGAUGCCCGCAUCAACUGGAUCUGUAACCCCGUUCACAAGCACCGCGAGUCCCGUGGCCUCACCGCCACUGGCAAGAAGUCCCGUGGUAUCAACAAGGGUCACCGCUACAACAACACCAAGGCUGGUCGCCGCCACACCUGGAAGCGCCAGAACACCCAGAGCUACUGGCGUUACCGUUAA